ACCUCACAUGGUUCUCAUCUCUAAAAUAACUUAAAAUCACCUAAGAAAAACAUUGUGAUCUCAGAAAAAAGGGGAAAAAAUGAGCAGUUCCCGCCGGCGGUUUGACUCAUGGUCCAAUCUUCCUGGAUGAAUCAUCCACAAAAUUUCAAAACUACUCAAAACCCGAGAUCAAAUCCUCCGCUUUAAGCGGAUUUGUAGGAAAUGGAGGAAAUGUUCUCUUCCUCUACCUGUGAACACUCUAUCCCUUAAUCUCCCUCUUUCCAUUCUCAUUUCUUCAUCAUCAGACUCUCCUCCUUUUCACCUUUCGAACCGCCCUUUAGUACCCCAAGUAAGCUCCGUUUAUCUGAUCACCCCUUCUCAGCCUUCCUCUGUUUCUUUCAAGUCAUGGAUGAUCAAGGUUCAGGAAUCGAACCCGGGUAAACUCCGCAUUCACCACCCCCUCACUGCGAAACGAGUUAACAAGUUUCCAUCCACUCUUGACAUGAAUCGGUUCCGAGUCUCUGAGCUUGCUCAAGGGUAUAACUUCAAGUAUUCUGACUGUGUUCUCAAAGUUCUCCUCUGCUCAUCAUCUUCCCCUUCUUUUGUAGAAUUCCUGGUGUUGUACAACAAGGGUAAUUUAGGAAAACUUACUGUAAGAAUACCAGAAAGCCUAGUAGUUGAACAAGACAGUGAAGAUGAUGAUGAAGAAGCAAGGUAUUCUUGGAAGAGUUUACAAUCGCGGGUAAAUUGCAACUAUUGGCACAUAAUUUACUUGGAUGAUGUGGUAGAGUUUAAGAAAAUGUACUGUGCUAUAGACAGGAAAGGGAGGCUCUAUAGGUUGGAUACUGAGGCAAUGACUGUGGCAGGUGUGUUAGUGUCCGAACCGAUAUGCUAGGGUGGUGGACCUACUGAGAGGAGGAAGCGGCUGGUGGUGGACUUCACUUCAGGGGAGCUGCAUUUAGUGUUACGGGAGAGAUUGAGGGCGAAAAAAUCAAGGUUCACAGUGUAUAAGUUUAAUGAGCAAUGCAAAAGAUGGGAUGUCUUGGAGAAUUUGGGAUGUGAGAGAGUGUUGUUUGUGGGUAUUGAUCAUUCUUUCUUUGCGAAAACUGAAGAUUUUCCUGGGUGUAAAGGGAAUUGUAUUGUGUUUGCUGCUAACUGUUUUACUCAGUAUAGUGGGCGUGGUAACCCUGAUGGAAGUUUGUUAGUGUAUAGACUAGGAGUAGGGGAUGACAUUCGAUUGUUAUCCUCUGCAUAUCCUGAAUUUUCUAAAAUGAUAUGGCCACCUCCUACAUGGUUUGCCUGCAAAGGCCAAGGGUAUGUGUUUCUGCAAACAUGUUCAUGAUAAUGCAUAAUGCUUUCUUUUUCUUUUUUUUUUUUUUUUUUUUUUUUUUUUUUUUUUUUUUUUUUUUUUUUUUUGACGGGAAUGUAUAAUGCUUUCUUGUUACAUAUGCUGUUAUACAAUGUCCGACAGAUUAUUGAACAACUUCAUACUUGAUUCAAGUAAGCUGUUAUGCAUUUGUAUGUGUUAUAUGUGCUUGUUUUUUCAAACAAACUUUGACAGCUGACCAAUUGUUCUUGUGCAUAGUUUUGGCAUGAUCUUGGAUUAUAGAUAUUCGUUUCUUGUUUUUAUUGACAUUCAGUGAAGUUAGAGGGCUCUUAUUAUUUGUAAGUCAAGUAAUAAGAAAUUUACUCCAAUGAUCAGUAUAUGUAUAAAUGAUGGUCCUGUUUUCCUAUGAAUGAUGGUCUUGUUCCUAAAUACUAGGAUAGGCUAAAUCCAAGAUCUUAUGUUAUAGCUGGAAUAGUUCAAUCCCUUGCUUUAAUUACAGAUUCCAACCAAAACAAAUGACAGCCUCUUGUUAAACUCGAAAAUAACAGAUCACAGUUUGGGAGGGAAUGAUUGCUAAAACUCGGUUAAUGACUUUGUUUGUUUGUUUGUUUAAGAAGCAAAUGUAGAUUUGAUGAUGUAGAGACCGAGUCAGGAUCUACCAGCCAAGAAAAAGCAGAUGAAGAAACUUCCGGCAGCAUAAAAUCACUUUCUGAUGGUCAUGCAGAAGGGAUGCUCACUGAUUCAUCAGGUGAAAGCUCUUCUGACGAUGAAAAAGAUGAAAUGCAGUUAGAUUCACCGAAUCAGUCCUCUGAAGCUGACGACAGCAAUGGAACAGCCGAGUCUGAGGAGGAGGACGAAGAAGAGAUACAAAGAAGCUCCUCUAGUGAACAAUGUGAUGUUCAACCAAAUUUCUCUGACGAAGCAAUGAAUAAUGAUUUACAUUCUAGCCCUCUGUUGACACCUGAAUAUGAGAAAAACAAUACAGGGACUUUCAAGAUGAAUAAUGAGAAGAAUGCAGAAGAUUUAGAUAGCUCAACACCCAACUUUCAUGGACAAGAUUUCUCAACGGAAAAGGUCUCCAACAAUGCAAAUUCCACUCACUCAACUCCAACAUUAGUGCCAUUAGCAUGUAUAAAUUGCUCUUCAACUGUCAAAUUUGAAGGGGUUGAUAUCAAGGCUGAGCUUUUGCCUACUUUAGAAACCAUUUGGGUUAAACAAGGUAGCCUAAUUUCUGAAGCUACUGUCCGUAACAAGAAGAUACGAGCUUGUGCAUUGGAGUUAUUGGCAAAGCUCGUGAUUAGUCUUCAGAAUACUACAGGUAGGAGCUUAACUGAUUCUCAAGCUAAUGACAUAAAGUCGGCUAUGUUUGACCUACAACGUCUAGGCUUGAAAGUGGACUGGUUAACUCCAAUUGUUGACAAGGCAUUGAAACUCCAAAGAAACAAGGCAUUGAUAGAAUCUAUGAUGCUUCUAGACAAGAAAAAACCUCAAAUUGAGAAAGAGGAAAAGGAGUUUUUAGCUCGUAAUGCUAAGGUUAAGCAAGAAAUAGAGGAUGAUAUGGCCUCUUUAUCUGCUAAGGUUCCUUUCCCGGAGAUAAUAGAUCUUGAUGAUUGCUUGGGAGGCGGACUAUUUUGAUGGUAGUACAUGCAACUAUUAUUACACUUUUAGGUACUCCUUGAAUGUUUUUUGGAUAGAAGAUGGUAGCAAGCUAUUAGUAAAACUGACUUGUUUAGGUAAUUUCAAUGCAGCAGUCUAAUUUUGAAGGGCCGUUUCAGAGUGCAUUUUAGUAAUCUCUUCCUAAUCAUAAGCGCGAACAUAACAUGUUUUGGCUUGGUUUUGAUGUGAAAACUAGAAGUUUAUAUCCCUUGGAGUACAUUUUGGCUGUUUGAUCAAUGAUCUUAAU